CAGCAAGCCGUCAAGGAGAUUCAAGGGUCUGAAUUACUGAACUCUGUGGUGUGAAUACAACGCGUUUCACAAAGGAAAUAGGUCGGAGCUGUGUAGCUAAUCUACGUCACUGACUGGUGGGAAGAGCGCUAACGAUACGUUAGCUUGCUGCUGGCUAAAUGUUUUCAACGUGUUGGCUAGCCAACUAUCGGAAUUAGCUGGUGGUCAAGCAACGCAAAACUUCGAGGAAUUCAGCUGGUAGCGUCAUCUUAUAACCAUUAACCUGUGCGAAUUCAUGGCUGCUUACAAGUACGAAUACAUCGCCUUAUCAGCCUUUACAAUGACAGUAAACCGCUGAUGCUUAAUUCUUCCAGGGCAUUCAGGAAACGACCAUAGUUUGGAUCGCCAGAAUAUUGGAUUUAAAUAGGCAGCUAUCUUCAAAAUCAUGAAAAACUGCGAAUACCAUCAAAUCGACCCGCAGGCACUAUCGACCCCAAACCCCACGCCACCGCCACCACCAUGUGCUGAGAGGAAGAGCAAACGGGCAAAGAGAAAAUGGGAAGUUUUCCCAGGAAAGAAUCGCUUCUACUGUGAUGGACGAAUCAUCUUAUCUCGUCAGAGUGGCGUUCUUCCACUGACUCUCGGCCUCAUUCUCGUCACGAGCGCCCUAUUCUUCAUUUUCGACUGCCCCUAUCUGGUUGAGCACUUGACCAGUUGCAUCCCUGUAAUUGGCGGAGUGCUGUUCAUAUUCGUGGUCAUCACCCUCCUGCAGACCAGCUUCACUGACCCUGGGAUCCUGCCCAGAGCCGGGCCAGAUGAGGCAGCGGAUAUUGAGAGGCAGAUCGACAGCUCAGGCUCCACCUCCUACCGCCCCCCGCCACGGACCAAGGAGAUCCUCAUCAACGAGCAGUUGGUGAAACUCAAAUACUGCUUCACCUGCAAGAUGUUUCGCCCACCCAGGACAUCCCACUGCAGCCUGUGUGACAACUGUGUUGAACGGUUUGAUCAUCACUGCCCCUGGGUGGGGAAUUGCGUGGGCAAACGCAACUACCGCUUCUUCUACAGCUUCAUCGUCUCCCUCUCCUUCCUGACGGCCUUCAUCUUUGGCUGCGUGACUACUCACCUGGUGAUGCGGUCCCAAGGAGAAAAAGGCAUCAUCAUCGCCCUCCAGGAGAGCCCUGCCAGUGCAGUAGAGCUGGUGAUAUGUUUCUUCUCUGUCUGGUCCAUCUUGGGUCUCUCUGGCUUCCAUACCUACCUGGUGGCUUCCAACCUCACCACCAAUGAGGAUGUGAGUACUCCCAGCAUGCUGAAAAUGCAAAUAUGUAUUGUAAAGGCCCUUCUUUAUUCCUUUUUUUCUUCUCCAUUUCCCCUUGUAUCUUGUUCAUACGUGUGUGUGUGUGUGUGUGUGUGUGUUUUUGUGCAGAUUAAAGGCUCCUGGUCUGGUAAAAGUGGGUCCGAGGGCUCGGGGAAUCCUUACAGCUACAGCAACAUCUUCACCAAUUGCUGUGUGGUGCUGUGUGGGCCCAUGCCCCCUAGUCUGAUUGACAGGAGGGGCUUUGUGCCCCCAGAUGAUGCUCCAGCAGCUGCCCCGCCACAGAUCGAGCUGCCCACCCUGGAGGCCAAGAGUGACAUCAACAUGUGUACACGGGGACCGAAAGACCUCUCCCCACCUGCGCCUCUGUAACCUCUGGCCCCGAGGAAGCCCGAGACUGCAUCAAUCAGCCCUGCUAAGGCCACUUUGGACCUGGUGACCCCCACCACCCUUCCUUUCCCUGCUGCGGAGAACCCUGGGCCUGCACACUUUCGGAUCGUGUGGAAAAGCCCCCCGUGAGCCCCAGAGACAGGC